AGUCAUGACGUCCUCACCGUGUCCUACUUGACUGUCUAAACACCACGUCCAUUUAUUUGGUGAUGUUUUUUAGGACGUGCCCCUAGGCCGAGUGUACUCGGUACGAUGUUCAGUUACUUCGUGAAACUUCUAGAUCUUUACACAGCGGACUGAGACCUCGUAUGUCUUAGGCCUUAGUUGAAUCUGGAAUAGACAAUCUUCCUACUGAUAUUUUUUCUACGUCCAGGACUAAUCCCAGCAUCCUUCACCACACCAUUUGUAAACUGAGCACCCAGGUACAUACCAGACCAAACAUUUAGAUCGGCUCAGUUGUUGCUACAGCUUGGGUUACCAGCGCAUUUGUUUUCAAGUUCAAGCAUGGAGACGCCAUUCAAAACAAGACGCGCCAAAAACUGUAUAGAUUCGCGCAUGCGCAAAGAAUGCGGCAGCACGCAGGGCGCGUGCAGCAAGCCGAAAAAGACGCCGGCCCGCCCCAUGUUUGAGUGUACCAUGUGUCCGCGGGGACGGACGUGUGACAUCACACCUCAAACGGACUGCCUAAACCCCUGCUCCCAGCCAAAGCUCACGUGCUGCCACCAGAACUGUCUGCUGUCGGAGGAUCCGAACCUCAACCCCUACGUAGCCACAGCCACUGGCUACCUGGGUGUCCAGAGGACGUCCAUGUUACAGAAUCCUCUUUUGUACAGGCAUCGCUUGGGCCAAGGUAAAUGGCACAUCAAAAACUUGCCGUGUGAUGAUUUUAUCUUUGGAAGUUUACCUCAACCUUCAGGGUCUGUUGCUCAAGCCUUGAGUAGCUGGAGUGAGGACAAACCGCCGGUCUUACCUUGUUUACCGAAGAAAAAGAAGAUCGGCUGCACGAACCAUCUUGCCUUGAACCGGGCGGCCAUCACGGCAGGUAUCGCCAACGUGAAGGAGUUACGGGACUUCAGGAACACGCACUCCAUCAAGUUCACCAAGAGAGAUAAGAGGUUGGUCCUGGAGAGGGCGCCACCUGUCUCACUUCUGCCUGGCGCGUGCUUCGGACAACCUACAAAGUACACGUCGACAGUGGGUGAGAUCAUUUCCUACCAGGCCCACAGAGACUGGGUCAGCUGUGUCAAGCCGUACCUCACCCAGAUCCAGGAGGAGCCAUCUAAGCCGGAUCCUUGGAAAGAAAACAACGCCUACAAACUGAGAAUGUUCAACACCUCGGCAAAUCUCAAACCCGAGCGCCUGUGGCAGAUGUCGAAAUUUGUAAACAAAGCCAAACCGGAAGUGUCGACCUUUCGAAGCACCAACGCCAUGUUGGCGUCCCAUAAUGCCAACACAUUCGAGAAGAUUGGACGGGAUGGAAUGUUUGGCCAGGGGAUCCCCACUGUCCCGGUCAACAGACGGGACGCCCUCGCUAAACUGAAAGCAUGACGUGCUAGCCCAAUGACGUCAGGGGGUGAUCCUAGUAGGGGUGGAUACAGUGAAUGUAUACCGUAUCACUUCACUCACAAAAUCUAUGGAUACAAUUCCAUUCCUAUAACACACAUGUAUGUUUACUAUGGAAGACCGAAGACCUAAUGAUUAUAAAAAAAUUGAAUAGAUCUUUGCGGAAAUGCAAAGUAAAAAUUACAACAAUAACUGAUAACUUGUAUGACUAUGAAGGCAUAUGACAAAUUUAUGACGUGUGACCAUGACAUAACGAAUGUUGCCCUAUUUUUUUACUACUUUUUUGUUACCAGACUACAAUAACAAACAUGUUACUAUGGCAAUAUAUGACAUGUUUGGGAUAUCAGGAUUUUGCUUAUACCUUAUCUGAUGUAUUAUAAUGCAAAUAAAUUUUAUAGCUCUGCAGUAUCGAAACCCCAUGGUAGUUUACGUUAGCAACCAUUGGAUGCGAUUAUCUGGCAUACUGUUUUGGUCCUGAACUAAGCAUAUUGCCACUUUGUCCCUAAAGCUUACAACUAUAUUUUAGUCUAUGAUAUCUAAUAUUCAACGAGUAUUUUUUGUUAAGUACUAUCAAAUGUACUUUUAAUUAAUUACAGUUUUUUCGUAGAUUUGAUUGUCCAUAAAUCAAGACACGGUCCUCUUUUUUAUCUUUCUAGAGCAGUAGAGAGUUCUAUUUUUUUUUAAAUCUGUAAACUACUAGACAACCAGGGAAGACUGAUGACAUGAAAUGGCGUGACAUGACAAUAGCGUGACAUAGACAUGAAUAUGGCUUGUGAUGACAUAAAGUUAGUAUGACAAAGACAUGACAGUGGCCAAUGACAUAUUAUAUGACUGAAAUAAUAUGUUCCAGUGUAACAUACGAAAAGGUAUUUUUUUACAAUUAUCGCGUUCAUGUUUUAUAUGCAUUUUACAAUAUUGGACUGUAUAACCAUGUAAAUAUUUUGUAAGUACUUUUUAUAUUUGUAUAAACUUGAAGAAAAUUAAAAGUGUU